CGCAAUGUAUGCGCCGUUUAAGGUAAUCCACUUAGGGAAGAUAAAUAUAAGGUAUAAAUAAAGAUAUAAACGAUCUAGAGUAAUUGUAAAAAAGGUACGAUAUUUUUGAGUUGUAAAAAAAACAAAUGGAUUGGUUUGCGUAGGAAGGGGGGGUCGAGCUAGGUGUAUAUAAUCUAAUCGCUAUAAGACAACUCUUGUGAAUCUUUCGAAGAAUGAUUCGAGAAUCCCGAUGACUUUAAGAUACAAUAUUUGGUUUACGGUUUGGGGGAAAAACAUGUAUAUGUGAUAUUAGACAUUAACUAGGUAUAUAUGAACUAAAGAUAUAUCUAAUUUGUCUUACUAUUGUGAAUUUAGAUAGGGAUUUCAAUAGAAGCCUUUCCGUUUCGUCUGUUAUUGUGAAUUGAAUAUUGGUUGAUUGUAUCUAUUAACUAUUUCUUUAUUUUUGUUUUGGCACGAGGAAAACUUAUCAUGAAUCCACUGAUUUCUGCCGCUUCCGUUAUUGCUGCUGGAUUGGCUGUCGGGCUUGCUUCUAUUGGACCUGGGGUUGGUCAAGGUACUGCUGCGGGACAGGCUGUAGAAGGGAUCGCGAGACAACCAGAGGCGGAAGGAAAAAUACGGGGUACUUUAUUGCUUAGUCUAGCUUUCAUGGAAGCUUUAACAAUUUAUGGGCUGGUUGUAGCAUUAGCUCUUUUAUUUGCGAAUCCUUUUGUUUAAUCCUAAAAACACAUAUUUUUGUUUAUUUCCGUGGAUUUGCUGCUCUUGUUUUUUUCAAAUUCUUUUAAUAUUUAACUUCUACAAUUAAAUUACUUAGGAACAACAACCCACGGAAAUCGCCGGUUUGAGGAUGAGGAUACAACUCAUUUUUUCCUUUACCUUCUUAGUCCAAUGGACGAACUUUUUUUAGGAAGUAUUGCAAUUGUAUUGUAACAAACGAGGUAUUUCGCAACUGACCCGUAUAAGACCUGGUACCUAA